GGAACAAGCAAGGGGACAUCCAGGGCUGCCAAGGGAAGCCCACCCACCCUGCCCUGAGUGCCCCCUUCCCAAGGUCGGGGGCAGAGCAGGUGCAGAGGCAUUGUGGCCACUGGUUACCCAGCCUCCUGAAUGAUGCCAGCUCAAUCUUCCCUCACCUCCAACCUGGCCCUCCUGGUACUGCUGGGCACGGUCAGAGCAGGCCCUUUCUCUCCACGGUCCAAUGUGACGCUCCCAGCCCCACGGCCCCCUCCCCAUCCAGGAGGGGGAAGCCCUUCUUCUCAGCUUUAUGAGCACACGGUGGCAGGAGGGGAGAAGCAGGUGGUGUUCACCCACCGCAUUAACCUGCCCCCUUCAGCUGGCUGUGGCUGUCCCCCAGGCACUGAGCCCCCUGUCCCUGCUUCAGAAGUACAGGCCCUGAGAGUCCGGCUGGAGAUCCUGGAGGAGCUGGUGAAGGGGCUCAAGGAACAGUGCACUGGGGGCUGUUGCCCUGCGGCUGCGCAGGCCGGCACAGGCCAGACAGAUGUUCGGAGCCUCUGCAGUCUCCAUGGUGCGUUUGACCUGAGCCGCUGUGCCUGCUCCUGCGAGCCAGGCUGGGGUGGGCCCACCUGCUCCGACCCCACAGAGGCUGAGGCGCCCGCCUCCUCUCCACCGUCAGACGCCAGGUCCUGCCCAGAUGACUGCAACGAUCAGGGUCGCUGCAUCCGCGGGCGCUGCGUGUGCUUCCCCGGCUACACCGGCCCCAGCUGUAGCUGGCCCUCCUGUCCCGGGGACUGCCACGGCCGCGGGCGCUGCGUGAAGGGCGUGUGCGUGUGCCGGGCGGGCUUCUCUGGCGACGACUGCAGUCUGCGAUCUUGCCCUCGGGGCUGCAGCCAGAGGGGACGCUGUGAGGACGGGCGCUGCGUGUGCGACUCCGGCUACACUGGCGAGGACUGUGCGGUGAGGAGCUGCCCCCGAGAUUGCAGCCAGAGGGGGCGCUGCCAGGACGGGCGCUGCGUGUGCAACCCCGGCUACACUGGCGAGGACUGUGGGGUGAGGAGCUGCCCCCGAGGUUGCAGCCAAAAGGGGCGCUGCGAGGACGGGCGCUGCGUCUGCGAUCCAGGCUACACCGGUGAAGACUGCGGCUCGCGGAGCUGCCCGUGGGACUGUGGCGAGGGCGGGCGCUGUGUGGACGGCCGCUGCGUGUGCUGGCCCGGGUACGCGGGCGAGGACUGCAGCACGCGGACCUGCCCCCGCGACUGUCGGGGCCGAGGGCGCUGCGAAGACGGCGAGUGCAUCUGCAACGCCGGCUACAGCGGGGACGACUGCGGCGUGCGCAGCUGCCCAGGCGACUGCAAUCAGAGGGGCCGCUGCGAGGACGGCCGCUGCGUGUGCUGGCCCGGGUACUCCGGGCCCGACUGCGGCGCGCGCGCCUGCCCGCGAGAUUGUCGCGGCCGCGGGCGCUGCGAGAACGGCGUGUGCGUGUGCAACGCGGGCUACAGUGGUGAGGACUGCGGCGUACGUAGCUGCCCCGGGGACUGUCUCGGCCGGGGCCGCUGCGAGAAUGGCCGCUGCGUGUGUUGGCCCGGGUACACAGGCCGGGACUGCGGCACGCGCGCCUGCCCGGGCGACUGUCGCGGACGCGGGCGCUGUGUGGACGGCCGCUGUGUGUGCAACCCGGGCUUCACAGGCGAGGACUGCGGGAGCCAUCGGUGCCCUGGGGACUGCCGUGGGCGCGGCCGCUGCGAGGAUGGCGUGUGCUUGUGCGACGUAGGCUAUGAGGGCAAAGACUGCGGCGUGCGAAGCUGCCCCGGGGGUUGCCGAGGUCGUGGCCAGUGCGUGGAGGGGCGCUGCGUGUGCGAAGAUGGCUACGAGGGCGAGGACUGUGCCAUCAGACGGUGCCCGCGCGACUGCAGCCAGCGGGGCGUGUGCCGGGACGGUGUGUGCACCUGUUGGGAGGGCUACGCGGGCGAGGACUGCAGCCUCCGCACCUGCCCCUCCAACUGUCACCGGCGCGGCCUCUGUGAGGACGGGCGCUGCGUGUGCGAAUCCGGCUACACCGGCCCCUCCUGCGCCACCCGCACCUGCCCAGCCGACUGCCGGGGCCGUGGGCGUUGUGUGCAGGGGGUGUGCUUGUGCCACGCGGGCUAUAGCGGCGAGGACUGCGGGCAGGAGGAGCCUCCGGCUAGCGCCUGUCCCGGGGGCUGUGGGCCCCGCGAACUGUGCCGCGCUGGCCAGUGUGUGUGCGUAGAGGGCUUCCGAGGCCCGGACUGUGCCAUCCAGACGUGCCCCGAGGACUGCCGCGGCCGGGGAGAGUGUCAUGAGGGCAGAUGCGUCUGCCAAGAUGGCUAUGCAGGGGAGGACUGCGGGGAAGAGGUGCCAGCCAUUGAGGGCAUGAGGAUGCAUCUCCUGGAGGAGACGACGGUUCGGACAGAGUGGACCCGGGCUCCUGGCAACGUGGAUGCCUAUGAAAUUCAGUUCAUCCCCACGACAGAGGGGGUGAGUCCCCCGUUCACAGCACGGGUGCCCAGCUCUGCCUCAGCCUAUGACCAGAGAGGACUGGCCCCUGGUCAGGAGUACCAGGUCACUGUCCGUGCCCUUCGAGGGACUAACUGGGGCCCUCCUGCCUCCAAGACCAUCACCACCAUGAUUGACGGCCCCCAGGACCUCCGCGUGGUGGCUGUGACACCUACCACGCUGGAGCUCAACUGGCUUCGGCCUCAGGCCGAGGUGGACCGCUUCGUGGUGUCCUACGUCAGCGCUGGCAACCAGAGGGUGCGGCUGGAAGUGCCAUCCGAGGCGGACGGGACGCUGCUGACCGGCCUGAUGCCAGGUGUAGAAUACGUGGUGACCGUCACUGCCGAGCGGGGCCAGGCAGUAAGCUACCCGGCUUCUGUCAGGGCCAACACAGGGUCCUCUCCCUCUGGCCUCUUGGGAGCCACUGAUGAGCCUCCUCCCUCUGGCCCUUCAACAACUCAAGGCGCCCAGGCUCCCGUCCUGCAGCAGCGCCCCCAGGAGCUGGGAGAGUUGAGGGUGCUGGGCAAAGACAAGACAGGGCGCCUCCGCGUGGCCUGGACCGCCCAGCCUGACACCUUUGACCACUUCCAGCUGCGUCUCCGGGUGCCCGAAGGGCCAGGGCCACACGAGGAACUACUGCCAGGGGAUGUCCGUCAAGCUCUGAUGCCCUCACCCCCUCCUGGAUCCCCCUAUGAGCUGUCACUUCGUGGGGUCCCUCCUGGGGGCGAGCCCUCUGCCCCUCUCAUCUACCAAGGCAUUAUGGACAGGGAUGGGGAGAAGCCUGAGAAGCCCAUGGCCCCGCCACGCCUGGGCCAGCUGACAGCGACCGACAUAACCUCCAGCUCCCUGCUUCUGCGCUGGACGGUCCCCGAGGGCGAGUUCGACUCCUUCGUGAUCCAGUACAAGGACAGGGACCAGCCCCAGGUGGUGCCUGUAGAGGGGCCCCAGCGCUCAGCCCUCAUCUCCAACCUGGAAGUCGGCCGCAAGUACAAAUUCGUCCUGUAUGGGCUCGUGGGCAAGAAGAGGCACGGCCCCCUGGUGGCUGAAGCCAAGAUCGUGCCUCAGACUGAUCCCAGCCCAGCGACUCCACCCCGCCUGGGGAAGCUGUGGGUGACAGAUCCCACCCCCAACUCGCUGCACCUCUCCUGGACUGUCCCCGAGGGCCAGUUUGACUCCUUCGUGGUCCAGUACAGGGACAAGGAUGGACGACCCCAGGUGCUGCCUGUGGAAGGUCCUGAGCGCUCGGUCACUGUCUCCCCCCUGGACCCUGAGCACAAGUACAGGUUCACUCUGUUCGGGAUUGCCAACAGGAAGCGUCACGGCCCCCUCACGGCCGAUGGCACCACUGCCCCAGAGAAGGGAGAGGAGCCCCACCACCAGGAAUCCCCCGAGCAGCCCUUGCUGGGGGAGCUGACGGUGACUGGCACCACCCCAGACUCCCUGCGUCUAUCCUGGACGGUGGCUCAGGGCUCUUUCGACUCCUUCACGGUCCAGUAUAAGGAUGCGCAGGGGCGCCCCCAGGUCGUGCCCGUCAAGGGGGAUGAGAACGAGGUCACCAUCCCCGGCCUGGAGUCCGACCGGAAGUAUAGGAUGAACCUCUACGGGCUUCACGGCAGGCAGCGCGUGGGACCUGUGUCCGUGGUGGCUGCCACAGCCCCCCAGGAGGUUGUGAACGAGACCCCCAGCUCCUCAGAGGAGGAAGAGACCCCCAGCCCCACAGAGAUGGAGGAGACUCCCAGCCCCACAGAGCCCCCCGAGGAGCCCAUCCUGGGGGAGCUGACGGUGACAGGAUCCUCCCCGGACUCUCUGAGCCUCUCGUGGACGGUCCCCCAGGGCCACUUCGACUCCUUCACAGUCCAGUACAAGAACGGGGACGGGCAGCCCAAGGUGGUGCGGGUGCCAGGGCACGAGGACCAGGUCACCAUCUCGGGCCUGGAGCCCGACCACAAGUACAAGAUGAACCUGUACGGCUUCCACGACGGCCAGCGCGUGGGCCCCGUCUCUGUCAUCGGGGUGACCACUGCCGAGGAGGAGACCCCCAGCCCCACAGAGGUGGAGGAGACCCCCAGCCCCACGGAGCCCCCCAAGGAGCCCGUCCUGGGGGAGCUGAUGGUGACAGGAUCCUCCCCCGAUUCUCUGAGCCUCUCGUGGACAGUCCCCCAGGGCCACUUCGACUCCUUCACCGUGCAGUACAAGGGCAGGGCCGGGCCCCAGGUGGUGCGUGUCGGGGGCGAGGAGAGCGAGGUGACAGUUGAGGGCCUGGAGCCCGACCACAAGUACAAGAUGAACCUGUAUGGCUUCCACGACGGCCAGCGCGUGGGCCCCGUCUCUGUCAUCGGGGUGACCACUACCGAGGAGGAGACCCCCAGCCCCACGGAGAUGGAGGAGCCCCCCAGCCCCACGGAGCCCCCCGAGGAGCCCGUCCUGGGGGAGCUGACGGUGACAGGAUCCUCCCCAGACUCUCUGAGCCUCUCGUGGACGGUCCCCCAGGGCCACUUUGACUCCUUCACCGUGCAGUACAAGGGCAGGGCCGGGCCCCAGGUGGUGCGUGUCGGGGGCGAAGAGAGCGAGGUGACAGUUGAGGGCCUGGAGGCUGGACGCAAGUACAAGAUGCACCUGUAUGGCCUGCACGGGGGGCAGCGCGUGGGCCCUGUGUCCACCGUGGGUGUGACCGCUCCAGAACCGGAAGAGGUUCCUCCAGCCACCGAGCCCCCGCAGGAGCCACGCCUGGGGGAGCUGACAGUGACAGAUGUGACCCCCAACUCUGUGGGCCUCGUGUGGACCGUCCCUGAGGGCCAGUUUGACUCCUUCGUGGUCCAGUACAAGGACAGGGACGGGCAGCCCCAGACAGUGCCUGUGGCUGCAGACCAGCGUGAGGUCACCAUCCCCGGCCUGGAGCCUGCACGCAAAUACAAGAUGAACUUGUAUGGGCUACAUGAUGGGCAGCGUGUGGGCCCCCUCUCUGUGGUAGCCGUAACGGCCCCUGUCCCUCCAGCCCCAGCCACAGAGCCGCCCCCGGAGCCACGCCUGGGGGAGCUGACAGUGACAGACGUGACUCCGGACUCCGUGGGCCUCUCCUGGACGGUCCCCGAGGGCGAAUUCGACUCCUUCGUGGUCCAGUACAAGGACAGGGACGGGCAGCCUCAGGUGGUGCCUGUGGCUGCAGACCAGCAUGAGGUCACCGUCCCCGACCUGGAGCCGAACAGGAAGUACAAGUUCCUGCUCUUUGGGAUCCAGGAUGGGAAACGGCGCAGCCCAGUGUCUGUGGAGGCAAAGACAGUGCCCCGAAGUGAUGCCAGCGCAGGAGCCCCGCCCCGCCUUGGGGAGCUGUGGGUGACAGACCCCACACCAGACUCGCUGCGCCUCUCCUGGACGGUCCCCGAGGGCCACUUCGACUCCUUUGUGGUCCAGUUCAAGGACAGGGACGGGCCCCAGGUGGUGCCCGUGGAGGGCCAUGAGCGCUCAGUCACCGUGGCCCCACUGGAUGCCGGCCGCAAGUACAGAUUCCUCCUCUACGGGCUCCUGGGCAAGAGGCGCCAUGGCCCCCUCACGGGCGAGGGCACCACAGAGACUCGGCGGGCUGUGGAUGAGGCUGGAACAAAGCGUCUCUCAAAACCCCGUCUGGGGGAGGAGCUGGAGGUGACCAGCGUAACGUCCGACUCUGUGGUUCUCUCGUGGACGGUCCCUGAAGGCCACUUUGACUCCUUUGUGGUUCAGUACAAGGACAGGGACGGGCAGCCCCAGGUGGUGCCUGUGGAGGGCAGCCUCAGGGAGGUGACUGUCUCGGACCUGGACCCUGCCCGCAGGUACAAGCUGCUGCUCUACGGGCUGUAUGAGGGCAAGCGUGUGGGUCCCCUCUCCGCCAUCGCCGUGACCGAACCAGCCCCCAGGGAAGAAAUGGAGGCCGAGGCCCCCAGCCUGCCAGCGUCUGAGCCCCGCCUGGGCGAGGUGACCGUGGAGGAGGCCACGCCGCACACCCUGCAUCUCUCCUGGACCCUGAGGGAAGGAGAAUUCAACUCCUUCGAGGUCCAGUACACAGAUGAGGAUGGGCAGCUCCAAGUAGUCAGUUUAGGGGGCGACCAGAACGACGUCACCCUUUCUGGCCUGGAAUCAGACCACAGAUACCUGGUGAGCCUGUACGGUUUCCAUGACGGCCAGCGUGUGGGUCCUGCCCAGGUGGAAGCUCUGACAGCCCCAAGAGAGGAAGAGGAUGAACCUUCAGAACCUCCCUCUACCACCCCGGAGCCCCUGACCAAGCCACGCCUGGAGGAGCUGACCGUGACGGACGCCACCCCCGAGUCCCUGCAGCUCUCCUGGACCGUCCCUGAGGGCCAGUUUGACCACUUCCUGGUCCAGUACAAGAACGGGGACGGGCAGCCCAAGGCGGUGCGGGUCCCGGGGCACGAGGACCAGGUCACCAUCUCGGGCCUGGAGCCCGACCACAAGUACAAGAUGAACCUGUACGGCUUCCACAACGGCCAGCGCGUGGGCCCCGUCUCUGUCAUCGGGGUGACCACUGCUGAGGAGGAGACCCCCAGCCCCACGGAGCCCCCCGAGGAGCCCGUCCUGGGGGAGCUGACGGUGACAGGAUCCUCCCCGGACUCUCUGAGCCUCUCGUGGACGGUCCCCCAGGGCCACUUUGACUCCUUCACCGUGCAGUACAAGGGCAGGGCCGGGCCCCAGGUGGUGCGUGUCGGGGGCGAGGAGAGCGAGGUGACAGUUGAGGGCCUGGAGCCUGACCACAAGUACAAGAUGAACCUGUAUGGCUUCCACGACGGCCAGCGCGUGGGCCCCGUCUCUGUCAUCGGGGUGACCACUGCCGAGGAGGAGACCCCCAGCUCCACGGAGAUGGAGGAGACCCCCAGCCCCACGGAGAUGGAGGAGACUCCCAGCCCCACGGAGAUGGAGGAGACCCCCAGCCCCACGGAGCCCCCCGAGGAGCCCGUCCUGGGGGAGCUGACGGUGACAGGAUCCUCCCCGGACUCUCUGAGCCUCUCGUGGACGGUCCCCCAGGGCCACUUUGACUCCUUCACCGUGCAGUACAAGGGCAGGGCCGGGCCCCAGGUGGUGCGUGUCGGGGGCGAAGAGAGCGAGGUGACAGUUGAGGGCCUGGAGGCUGGACGCAAGUACAAGAUGCACCUGUAUGGCCUGCACGGGGGGCAGCGCGUGGGCCCCCUGUCCACUGUGGGCGUGACUGACCCUGAAGAGGAGCCCCCUGCCAGUCCCCCUUUGAAGCCGCACUUGGGGGAGCUGACCGUGACGGACGCCACCCCCGAGUCCCUGCAGCUCUCUUGGACCGUCCCCGAGGGCCAGUUUGACCACUUCCUGGUCCAGUACAAGAACGGGGACGGGCAGCCCAAGGCGGUGCGGGUCCCGGGGCACGAGGACCAGGUCACCAUCUCGGGCCUGGAGCCCGACAACAAGUACAAGAUGAACCUGUACGGCUUCCACGAUGGCCAGCGCGUGGGCCCCGUCUCUGUCAUUGGUUUAACUGCUCCAGACUAUGAAGCUAUGACCACCAAAACCCCUCUCACCAGGGCCCCCGAGCCCCCCACUAAGCCGCGCCUGGAGGAGCUGACCGUGACGGACGCCACCCCCGAGUCCCUGCAGCUCUCUUGGACCGUCCCCGAGGGCCAGUUUGACCACUUCCUGGUCCAGUACAAGAACGGGGACGGGCAGCCCAAGGCGGUGCGGGUCCCGGGGCACGAGGACCAGGUCACCAUCUCGGGCCUGGAGCCCGACCACAAGUACAAGAUGAACCUGUACGGCUUCCAUGACGGCCAGCGCGUGGGCCCCGUCUCUGUCAUCGGGGUGACCACUGCCGAGGAGGAGACCCCCAGCCCCACGGAGAUGGAGGAGACCCCUAGCCCCACGGAGCCCCCCGAGGAGCCCGUCCUGGGGGAGCUGACGGUGACAGGCUCCUCCCCGGACUCUCUGAGCCUCUCGUGGACGGUCCCCCAGGGCCACUUUGACUCCUUCACCGUGCAGUACAAGGGCAGAGCCGGGCCCCAGGUGGUGCGUGUCGGGGGCGAGGAGAGCGAGGUGACAGUUGAGGGCCUGGAGCCCGACCACAAGUACAAGAUGAACCUGUAUGGCUUCCACGAUGGCCAGCGCGUGGGCCCCGUCUCUGUCAUCGGGGUGACCACUGCCGAGGAGGAGACCCCCAGCCCCACGGAGAUGGAGGAGACCCCCAGCCCCACGGAGCCCCCCGAGGAGCCCGUCCUGGGGGAGCUGACGGUGAUAGGAUCCUCCCCGGACUCUCUGAGCCUCUCGUGGACGGUCCCCCAGGGCCACUUUGACUCCUUCACCGUGCAGUACAAGGGCAGGGCCGGGCCCCAGGUGGUGCGUGUCGGGGGCGAGGAGAGCGAGGUGACAGUUGAGGGCCUGGAGGCUGGACGCAAGUACAAGAUGCACCUGUAUGGCCUGCACGGGGGGCAACGCGUGGGCCCCGUGUCCACCGUGGGCGUGACCGCCCCCCAGGAGGUUGUAGAGGAGACCCCCAGCCCCACGGAGAUGGAGGAGACCCCCAGCCCCACGGAGCCCCCCGAGGAGCCCGUCCUGGGGGAGCUGACGGUGACAGGAUCCUCCCCCGAUUCUCUGAGCCUCUCGUGGACGGUCCCCCAGGGCCACUUUGACUCCUUCACCGUGCAGUACAAGGGCAGGGCCGGGCCCCAGGUGGUGCGUGUCGGGGGCGAGGAGAGCGAGGUGACAGUUGAGGGCCUGGAGCCCGACCACAAGUACAAGAUGAACCUGUAUGGCUUCCACGAUGGCCAGCGCGUGGGCCCCGUCUCUGUCAUCGGGGUGACCACUGCUGAGGAGGAGACCCCCAGCCCCACGGAGAUGGAGGAGACCCCCAGCCCCACGGAGCCCCCCGAGGAGCCUGUCCUGGGGGAGCUGACGGUGACAGGCUCCUCCCCGGACUCUCUGAGCCUCUCGUGGACGGUCCCCCAGGGCCACUUUGACUCCUUCACCGUGCAGUACAAGGGCAGGGCCGGGCCCCAGGUGGUGCGUGUCGGGGGCGAGGAGAGCGAGGUGACAGUUGAGGGCCUGGAGGCUGGACGCAAGUACAAGAUGCACCUGUACGGCUUCCAUGACGGCCAGCGCGUGGGCCCCGUGUCCACUGUGGGCGUGACCGCUCCAGACUAUGAAGCUAUGACCACCGAAGCCCCUCUCACCAGGGCCCCCGAGCCCCCCACCAAGCCGCGCCUGGAGGAGCUGACCGUGACGGACGCCACCCCCGAGUCCCUGCAGCUCUCUUGGACCGUCCCCGAGGGCCAGUUUGACCACUUCCUGGUCCAGUACAAGAACGGGGACGGGCAGCCCAAGGCGGUGCGGGUCCCGGGGCACGAGGACCAGGUCACCAUCUCGGGCCUGGAGCCCGACCACAAGUACAAGAUGAACCUGUACGGCUUCCACGACGGCCAGCGCGUGGGCCCCGUCUCUGUCAUCGGGGUGACCACUGCCGAGGAGGAGACCCCCAGCCCCACGGAGAUGGAGGAGACCCCUAGCCCCACGGAGCCCCCCGAGGAGCCUGUCCUGGGGGAGCUGACGGUGACAGGCUCCUCCCCGGACUCUCUGAGCCUCUCGUGGACGGUCCCCCAGGGCCACUUUGACUCCUUCACCGUGCAGUACAAGGGCAGGGCCGGGCCCCAGGUGGUGCGUGUCGGGGGCGAGGAGAGCGAGGUGACAGUUGAGGGCCUGGAGCCCGACCACAAGUACAAGAUGAACCUGUAUGGCUUCCACGACGGCCAGCGCGUGGGCCCCGUCUCUGUCAUCGGGGUGACCACUGCUGAGGAGGAGACCCCCAGCCCCACGGAGAUGGAGGAGACCCCCAGCCCCACGGAGCCCCCCGAGGAGCCCGUCCUGGGGGAGCUGACGGUGACAGGAUCCUCCCCGGACUCUCUGAGCCUCUCGUGGACGGUCCCCCAGGGCCACUUUGACUCCUUCACCGUGCAGUACAAGGGCAGGGCCGGGCCCCAGGUGGUGCGUGUCGGGGGCGAGGAGAGCGAGGUGACAGUUGAGGGCCUGGAGGCUGGACGCAAGUACAAGAUGAACCUGUAUGGCUUCCACGACGGCCAGCGCGUGGGCCCCGUGUCCACUGUGGGCAUGACCGCCUCCAUGACCACAGAGCCCCCCGUGGCCCCCCGCCUGGGGGAGCUGGCCGCGGCAGCCGUGACCUCGGACACAGUGGGCCUCUCAUGGACCGUGGCCCAGGGCCGUUUCGACUCCUUCCUGGUCCAGUACAGGGAUGCCCAGGGGCAGCCCCAGGCAGUGCCCGUGGCCGGGGAUCUCCGAGAGGUCACGGUUUCAGGUCUGGCCCCGGCCCGCAAGUACAAGUUCCUCCUCUUUGGACUCCAGGAUGAGAAGCAGCACGGCCCAGUGUCUGCAGAUGCCAAGACCCUCCCAGACACGAAACCGUCUCCCCGCCUGGGGGAGCUGACAGUGACAGGCGUGACUCUGGAUUCCGUGGGCCUCUCCUGGACGGUCCCCGAGGGUGAAUUCGACUCCUUCGUGGUUCAGUACAAGGACAGGGACGGGCAGCCCCAGGUGGUGCCUGUGGCCGCAGACCAGCGCGAGGUCACCGUCUCCGGCCUGGAGCCCAGUAAGAAGUACAAGUUCCUGCUCUACGGGCUGGCAGGCAGGAAGCGACUGGGCCCCAUCUCUGCUGAGGGCAGCACAGCUCCCCUGGAGAAGGAGCGGCAGCCCCCGCCUCGCCUGGGGGAGCUGACAGUGACAGCUGAGACCCCAGACUCCCUGCGCCUCUCAUGGACGGUGGCUCGGGGCCCCUUUGACUCCUUCGUGGUCCAGUACAGGACCACAGAUGGGCAGUCCCAAGCGGUGCCUGUGGCUGCAGACCAAAGGGAGGUCACCAUAGAGGGCCUGGAGCCCGGCAGGAAAUACAAGUUCCUGCUCUACGGGCUCCAAGGAGGACAGCGCCUGGGCCCCGUCUCUGUCCUGGGAGUGACAGCCCCAGAAGAGGACACGCCAGCCCCCUGGCGCCUGGCCACAGAGGCCCCCGAGCCCCCCGAAGGGCCCCGCCUGGGGACGCUGGCAGUGAGUGAGGUGUCCCCGGACUCCCUGCGCCUCUCAUGGCGCGUGGCCCAGGGCCCCUUUGACUCCUUCGUGGUCCAGUAUCAGGACGCAGAUGGGCAGCCCCAGGCCUUGCUCGUGGGUGGCGACCAGAGCAAGGUCCUCGUGUCAGGCCUGGAGCCCAGCACCUCCUACACAUUCUUCCUCCACGGGCUCCACGAAGGGAAGCGCCUGGGGCCCGUCUCCGCCGAGGGCACGACAGGGCCAGCUCCCGCUGGUCAGAGCCUGGGAGAGUCAGGGCCCCGCCUGUCCCACUUGUCGGUGACUGACGUGACCACCGGUUCACUGCGGCUCAACUGGGAGGCCCCAUCCGAGGCAUUCGACUCUUUCCUGCUGCGCUUUGGGGUCCCGUCCCCAAGCACCGUGGAGCCACAUUCACGGCCCCUGCUGCAGCGGGAGCUGACGGUGCCAGGGACGCGGCGCUCCGCGGUGCUCCGGGACCUGCGUCCAGGGACCCUGUAUACUCUCACGCUGUAUGGGCUGCGGGGCCCCCACAAGGCCGACAGUAUCCAGGGCACAGCCCGCACCCUCAGCCCAGUACUGGAGAGCCCCCGUGACCUCCAAUUCAGCGAAAUUGGGGAGACCUCAGCCAAGGUCAGCUGGAUGCCUCCGUCGUCCAGAGUGGACGGCUUCAAAGUUUCCUACCAACUGGCGGAUGGAGGGGAGCCGCAGAGUGUGCAGGUGGAUGGCCGAGCCCGGACCCAGAAACUCGAGGGGCUGACCCCAGGCGCUCGCUACGAGGUGACCGUGGUCUCCAUGCGUGGCUUUGAGGAGAGCGAGCCUCUCACUGGCUUCCUAACCACAGUUCCUGACGGCCCCACCCAGCUGCGUGCCCUGAACUUGACGGAGGGAUCCGCCCUGCUGCACUGGAAGCCCCCUCAGACCCCUGUGGAUACCUAUGACGUCAAGGUCACAGCCUCAGGGGCCCCCUCUCUACAGGGGUCGGCCCCCGGCAGUGCCGUGGACUAUCCCCUGCACGGCCUUGAACUCCACACCAACUACACAGCGACCCUGCGUGGCCUUCGGGGCCCCAAUCUCACCUCCCCAGCUAGCAUCACCUUCACCACAGGGCUGGAGGCCCCCCAGGACUUGGAGGCCAAGGAAGUGACCCCCCGCACAGUCCUGCUCACUUGGACUGCUCCCCAAGUCCCCCCAACUGGCUACCUGAUCACCUUCAACACCCCUGGUGGACAGACCCAGGAGAUCCUGCUCCCAGGAGGGGUCACCUCUCACUGGCUCCAGGGCCUCUUUCCCUCCACCCCCUACAGUGCCUGGCUCCGGGCCAUUUGGGGCGAGAGCUUCACCCCGCCCGUGUCCACUUCCUUCACCACUGGCGGACUGCGGAUCCCCUUCCCCCGGGACUGUGGGGAGGAGAUGCAGAACGGCGUCAGCACCUCCAGGACCACCACCAUCUUCCUCAACGGCAACCGCGAGCGGCCCCUGAACGUGUUUUGUGACAUGGAGACCGACGGGGGCGGCUGGCUGGUGUUCCAGCGCCGCAUGGACGGAAAAACGGACUUCUGGAGGGACUGGGAGGACUACGCCCACGGUUUUGGGAACAUCUCUGGGGAGUUCUGGCUGGGCAACGAGGCCCUGCACAGCCUGACCAAAGCCGGCGACUACUCCUUGCGGGUGGACCUGCGGGCCGGGGAGGAGGCCGUGUUUGCCCAGUACGAGUCCUUCCAAGUCGACUCGGCCGCUGAGCACUACCGCCUCCACCUGGAAGGCUACCAUGGCACCGCAGGGGACUCCAUGAGCUACCACAGCGGCAGUGUCUUCUCCGCCCGUGACCGAGACCCCAACAACCUGCUCAUCUCCUGUGCCGUCUCUUACCGCGGGGCCUGGUGGUACCGGAACUGCCACUAUGCCAACCUCAAUGGGCUCUAUGGGAGCACAGUGGACCACCAGGGAGUGAGCUGGUACUACUGGAAGGGCUUCGAGUUCUCCGUGCCCUUCACGGAAAUGAAGCUGAGACCAAGAAGCUUCCGGCCCCCGGGCAGGGGAGGCUGAGCGGCCGCUCCCCGCUCCAGCGCCCACCACGACUGCCGAGCACUGAGGGGUUGCGCUGAGAGAAGAGCCAGGGGCCACCUUCACCAUCCAGCUGCCAGCGGAAGCCUUCUCCACCCGCGAUCUCACAGCACCAUGUUUACAGGGGGGAGGGAAGGGGUUCGUAAGGGAGCAAUAAAAGGAGGAACUGAA